AUGUACGGCUUCAGCUGGUCGUUCCGUCGGAUAUCAAACAUGAAAACGUUCGCGUCUGCUCCCAGGAUGAUCCACACUGGCACAGAUAUUGUGGACAUCCUGUGUGACACCCAAAGCGGCAUGCUAAGGACCCGCAAACUUGCCGAUCGUCGAGAAGCUCUGGCGCUCCAAAAGCUGUGGGAGUACCAAUGGCAAGCCCUGACGACCAUCUUCGACGAAACGGAAUCGUGGCAUCGUCGAGGCAAUGAGAGGAGCGUCAUGCUCGAGUUCUGUCGAGACACUAUACAGUUCGCUGAUCUGCUUUUCGCUCAAUACGGCGUGUUUGCGAGUGCAGUCGUUGAUGCCGAUCCUGCUCUGGAAGCGUCUGCCCGGGAAAAUCUAUUGAAAUCACCCACCGCCACCAUGAGUGGCAUGGUGAAGUGGCUGCGACUCAAAGAUGAAUACCUCGCAACUACAUUGGUUGGGCUUGUCUCGAAGCUUCUCCGCCGUCUGGGCGAGCUAAAUGUGACAACUGUCAGUCAAGAUGCUUUAGAUUAUAUUGACGGAGUAGCUGUCAAGUCGACCAUCAAGACGAUUUUGACGCCACGGGAGAAGGCUGAACUGGUCGGUGCUCUGGAAGCCUACUACAAGAAGCCCGUUGUAACUGCUUCCACUGCAGCACUUAAGAAGCAGAGCACGAUAACGGCCUUCGCGAAACCGGUUGACACUUCUGGCGCGUCGACCCCAUCUCGGGCUACAAGCGAGGAUGACUUCGAUGACUCGGGUGUUCCCGAUGAAGACUUAUUGCAGCUGUCGAGGUCCGUCGAGCUAAACAAGGCACGUCUCGCAGCCCAGGCCCAGAAGAAAGCCGAGGCCGCUGCCAAGGCUCCUCUUGCACUCCCCAAGCCUUCUAAGGCUUCAGCAGUGUCGACGGCCAGCAUCGAAUCGUUCCGCGAAAAACGCGAGAAAGAAAAGGAGGCCAAGAGAAAGCGGGAUCUGGCGGAACUUGCACGGUUGAAGAAGAAUAUUCCAGUGCACGGUGUAGCGGAACAGACGGCCGGACAGGGCUCUGGCGUUAAUGGCAUCGGAGUGAAAGGCAAAGACCAUACUCCUGUGGAUAGUAUGAUGGUUUCUUCAGGUUCGGAGUCAGAAUCUCAGAGUGAAGAUGAGUUGGACAAGGAGCUCUUUGGAAAGAGGGUGACAUCGAAGCCAGAUGCAGUGAGAGAAUAUGAGGAGAGUAAGAGACGGUCCCUCAAGCACCAGGGCCCCGUCAAAAAGGUCAAGCAAUGGCGGUCUGCGAGGGACAUGCGCGCUCGUCUGGCUCCGGACCUCUCGUCCCUUCACCAGAGAAUACUGAGCUGGGACUUUUUCGCUAGUGGCGACCUUCCUCCUAACGCUGAACGCACUGACUACACGCUGGUCUCAUCCACCUUCCGGGAUCCUAUUGAAUACCAACGAACAUUCGAACCUCUUCUGAUAUUGGAGGCUUGGCAAGGCUUCCAAUCUGCCAAGGAAGACGGUACCUUUAAGCCCUUCGAGAUCACAGUCGCCAGCCGCCUUUCGGUUGAUUCGUUUGUCGAGGUCAGCACGUCUAUGAAGAUUCCGGAUAUGAAGGAAUUCGGUCUUGGUGAAGCGGACCUUGUUCUUUUGUCUAAGUCCAAGGACCCUCUGAACGAUUCAGCAGCUCCUCAUUGUCUAGCAAGGGUGUCCGGCAUUAACAAGAAGAAGAGUAGUGUCGAGGUGUCGUAUCGUGUAGUCCCUGGCACCCCUGUCGUCCCUCUUCUGGCACCCGCGGUUACGCUCUGGGGUGCCAGAAUUACGUCUUUAACGCCCCUAGAACGAGAGUACGGUGCGCUCAUGGCCUUGCAGUACUACGACCUCUGUGAGGAAAUCAUCAAAGCGAAGCCGUCGCCUAUUCUCAACUACACUGAGGCAAACUUGAAACCGAUAAUUGACAACUACAACGUGAAUCCAGCGCAGGCGAAAGCCAUCAAGUCGGCCCUCGACAACGAUGCGUUCACCUUGAUACAAGGCCCUCCUGGGUCGGGGAAGACCAAGACCAUUGUGGCUCUUGUUGGAGCUCUGUUGAGCAACUCGUUUAGCAAUCAAGGGCCAGGUGUUGCAAUCUCCCGACCAGGCGAAAACAAGGCCCCUAACCAGGCAGCGAGGACGACGACGUCCAAGAAGUUGCUUGUCUGCGCGCCUAGUAAUGCUGCUGUCGACGAGUUGGUCAUGCGAUUCAAGGAAGGGGUGAAAACACUUCAGGGGAAGCACGAGAAACUCUCCGUCAUUCGUUUGGGUCGCAGCGAUGCCAUCAACACUAAUGUGUUGGAUGUCACCCUGGAUGAGUUGGUCAAUGCGCGACUGAAUCAGACCUCUCGCAAGGACUCAGGAGAACGGGACCUCCAAAAGAUCUAUGAGGAGCACAAGGCGGCCGACACUGCUUUCAAGGAGGUACGGAGCAAGCUUGACCGUUGUAGGGCACAAGGACAGCCGGUUCCUCCCGAGCUCGAACGUGAAUUUGAUCUAUUGAAAAAGAAAAGGUCACAGCUCAGCCAAGAAAUUGACAAUGCCCGAGACCGGAACCACGCAGCCGCCCGCGAUGCCGAUUUGACUCGGCGUCGUAUUCAGCAAGAAAUCAUAGACGGUGCCCACGUUAUCUGUGCGACACUGAGCGGAAGCGGCCAUGAAAUGUUCCAGAACUUGAGCAUUGAGUUCGAGACUGUAGUGAUCGAUGAAGCUGCCCAGUCGAUCGAAUUGAGUGCUCUCAUCCCUCUGAAAUAUGGGUGCUCCAAGUGUAUUCUCGUCGGAGACCCGAAACAGCUUCCGCCCACUGUCCUAUCGAAGGUGGCGUCCCGUUUCCAAUACGAGCAGAGUCUGUUCGUCAGGAUGCAGAAGAACCAUCCGGAUGAUGUACAUCUUCUGGAUAUUCAGUACCGGAUGCAUCCUGAGAUUAGUCGCUUUCCGAGUAUCGCCUUCUACGACAGUCGAUUGCAGGAUGGACCGAACAUGGCCAAGCUCCGCAAUCGACCGUGGCAUGAGAGUGAGCUUCUCAGUCCAUACCGUUUCUUUGAUGUCCAAGGGCUCCAUCAAAGUGCUCCGAAGGGCCAUUCACUGGUCAAUAUGGCUGAGCUGAACGUGGCUAUGCAACUUUAUGAACGCCUGGUGACCGAUUUCCAAGGGUACGAUUUUACCGGAAAGGUCGGAAUUAUCACGCCUUAUAAAGGCCAACUCAAGGAGCUCAAGUCGAGAUUCGCAGCCAAGUACGGCAAUUCGAUCUUCACUGCAGUCGAAUUCAACACGACCGAUGCGUUCCAAGGGAGGGAAAGUGAAGUCAUCAUCUUCUCCUGUGUUCGAGCUUCCAACAAGGGCAUCGGUUUCUUGGCUGAUAUCCGCCGUAUGAACGUGGGACUGACUCGUGCCAAGUCGUCGCUUUGGGUCCUUGGCAAUUCACAGUCCUUGGUUCAGGGAGAAUUCUGGGAGAAGUUGAUUAUCGACGCUAAGGAGAGAAAUGUCUAUACCGAUGGAGACAUCCUUCAGAUGCUUCGGCGCCCGCAGUUCACGGGCUACCGGAAUGUUGAGAUGGUCGAUGCAGACCUGGAUGUUCCAAUGGAAUCGCCGCCAGGCCCUUCGAUGGAGCCAUCUGCUGGGCCUGCAUCUGUUGGGCGUCCCUCGUCUAAUGAGCUGGAAUCAGUGUCUGCCAGAAAUACACCGGCUCCGCUGCCCGAAGGACCAUCGGGAGGAUUCAAUGGGCUUGACGAGACCAAGACGUGUGGAAUCUGUGGCAGUUUUGAACAUUUUACCCACAACUGCGAUAAUACAGAAGCAAAGGAGGCUUCCCGAGGCAUUUGCCAUCGUUGUGGCAUUGCUGGCCAUUCCAAAGUGAACUGCACCACGGAGCGCUGCAUCCAGUGCGGCGAGUUUGGACAUACGGCUCAGCAGUGCACGUCGACGGUUCUACUCUCAAAGGAAAAGAAGAACAAGAUUGCAAAGGAAGAAUACCGUCACAAACGGCUCCAGCAGGAGCGACGAGAACAGCAGAAGCAGCGACAGCUCGCCGAACACGACCCUAAGGUGCCUGUCGUUCAGGUAUCAACCAAGUCUCCUCCGCCUUCGACGAAGUCACCUCCACCUUCGACGAAGCGAAAACUGGAAUCAAACGAACCGGCUCCGGCUCCGAAGAUCGCGAAGCGUAAAGUUGACACCCGGACUCCCCAGCCUCCUUCGGAUUUGGUCAAGCCUUCGCGAGAUGGUCCGUCGUUCCAGACUAUCGCGCAUGACGAUAAGGCUGCUGCAGGUUCUGGGACAACACCAGACACUAGCAAUAAUAGCAAUAAGGUACGCCAAUCUUUCUCUAGCAUAUCAAGGGGGGCGAUCUGGGCGCUAAUCCAAUGCUUAGGCAGCACAACCACCGCGACCUCCCGCAGGGCCGAAGCCCACCAACGGGGUGCGUCCGCCAAUGCCUAUGCGCCGUAA